AUGAGGUCUCUACUGAAGCUGGUUGUUCUGCUGUUCUGUGUCCAGAGAGGAGAGGGACACUGGCUGCGCUCACUACUCGAGCAGCGAGGGCAAGCAUCAUCCCCCCCAUCAGAGGAGGAGAGGAGAGGUGGAGGAGGAGAAUCCAACAAAGGGAACGACAACAAUAAGAACACAGGGGGUUCCGGAUUCGGAGUAGAAGACCAAAGGGGUUCCGUCCCAUCCCCAGCCCCAAUCAUCCCAAUCCGGUCCCGCCGCUCUUCAACCCAAUGUCGUCUCCGCUCCGUCCUCCUCCAGGUACGAGAGCUGGGUCUGGGCUACGACGCGGACGAGACCGUCCUCUUCAAGUACUGCAGCGGAGACUGUCCCCGUGUCCGCUCCAACCAUGAUCUGACCCUGACCAACCUGCUCCUGAGGGGGGCCCUGCCCGAGCAGAAUGGAGAGCUGUGGCAGAAUGGACCAUGCUGCAGGCCCACCCACCACGAAGAUCUAGCCUUUUUGGAUAACGCCCAUCGCUGGCACAAGGUGGAGAAGCUGUCGGCUGCAGGGUGUACAUGUGUGGGUUAA